UUUUCACGAACUGCUCUCCUUCAUAGUUCCAUGUACUACAACUCAGGACAGGAAUGCCGAUUAGAAUUCUUCUAUCAACUUGAUGGCAGUAAUGUACUGACAGUAUUGUUACAAACUAAGGAGGUAGAAAGGACCGUGUGGAAAGAAUGGACACCAACUGAAAGCCAAUGGACCAAAGGGGAAGUAUGGCUGCCUCCUUGUUUACCUCACUUUCAGGUUACAUUUGUAGCCUCUGUUCAAAGCGAAUCAGGCUUCUUGGCCCUGGACAGCAUACAAUUUCAUGAGUGUGAAAAGGAAUAUUUGGCUGAACCGUGUUCACCUUCAACAUUCACCUGUGGAACUGGGCACUGUAUUCCACUCAGUGCAGUCUGUGACUUCCAGAAUGACUGCUGCGAAGGAACAGACGAAGAUGCACCAGCCUGCUCAAAGUAUACCUUGUGCAACUUUGAGUCUGAUUUCUGUGAGUGGAAACAUCUCACCUCAGAUGGUGCUGUGUGGGUUCGAGGACAGGCUCAAACAUCAGGCUUACCUAUUACAGACCACACAACCAAUUCCAACCAAGGAAUGUUCCUCUAUUUCAAAGCAACCUCAGGCCAUAAAGCAACACACACAAUUCAGCUUGGCAGUCCACAGUUAAAGAAUAAAUUAAGUAAUGAUUCACCAUGUCAGGUAAGGUUCUGGUAUCAAAUGUCAGAAGGAGCCAACUUAUCAAUAUAUAUUCAGACUACAGCUGGGAAUAUGAAAAGAGUGGCUGCCCUGAAUCCAUCAGUCAACAAAAGUUGGGCUAAAAAGGAGAUUCCUGUGGAGUGGAGUGCAACAGACACCAUAACAACUUUCCAGAUUAUUCUCCAGGGCAGUGUCUUAGCACCACCCAAUGCAUUUAUUGCAAUAGAUGAUAUCAGUUUAACUCCAGGUUGCACUGUAUUGAACACAAUGGUCGCAAAUUCCAUCACAGAAUGCAAAGAUUCCACGUGUGACUUUGAAGAAAGUAGCUGUGGCUGGUUUGAGAAUGUUCCUGAUGAUUACUUUGAUUGGAUCAGAAACUCGAGUAAUGCUUUGCCUUCACAUAUCAGGGAUAAGGCCCCAGCUCUGGACCACACCACUAACACCUCCAACGGACACUUCAUGUUUAUUAUGACCACCAGGAGUAAUAUAUUUCAGACUGCAGAAUUGACAAGUCCGAAGUUCACUCAAACAGGAACUGGAUGUACAAUGUCAUUUUGGUAUUAUAAUUAUGGACAGGCAGUGGGAGCAGCAAAAAUGUUCCUGGAGGUCGAUGGCGUGAGUAAUCAUACUGUCAUAUGGUGGACUUACAACACUCAAAGCAAUCAAUGGCUCCAAGCCUCUGUCCAGCUUGGGCGGUUAUCACGACCUUUCCGUCUUAAAUUGGUGAAAGUCAGCCUGAGCUUUUACAAUGGUGUGGCAGCAAUAGAUGACAUUGAGUUUGUCAACUGCGCCCUCCCACCAGCUGCAGAGAACUGUGAAGGAACGGAGAGGUUUUGGUGUGAAAAAACCAGAGCUUGUAUUGACCGAUUGCAAGUAUGUGACCUGGUGGAUGAUUGUGGUGAUGGUUCUGAUGAAAACAACUGUGUGCAAGAACUGCUCUGCAAUUUUGAACAUGGAUUUUGCAACUGGCAGCAAGCUAAGGACGAUGAUUUUGACUGGUCAAUAAAUAAGGGACAGACCUCGACGUUCAACACUGGGCCAUCAAAAGACCACACAUUGGGCACAGCGGAAGGCCACUACCUUUACAUUGAAGCAUCUGCCCAACAGUUUGGAAAUACAGCCACACUCCUCAGUCCAAUCCUGGACGCUACCCGCAAUCAUGCCAACAAGACCUGUAACUUCCGCUUCCAUUUUCACAUGUUUGGAAAACAGAUUUUUAAGCUGGCAGUGCAUAAAAGAACCUACAGAAAUACAAAGGGGGAACAACUUUGGGCAAAAUAUGGUCAGCAUGGUGACAAAUGGCUAAAAGAAACACUGCUGAUCAAUAGUUCUCAACCAUUUCAGAUACUAGUGGAAGGCACUGUAGGAGAUAACCUAGGAGGAGACAUUGGAAUUGAUGACCUUUCCUUCAUGAAUUGUGAUCUUUACAGAGGUGAUUUACCAGCCAUAAUUUCAACAACAUCGGGACCAACAAAACCUUCCACUAUUCCGCCCAACAACUGCACAAUGAAUGAAUUUGUUUGUAUAACAAAUGGACAAUGUGUUGACAUUAGCAAGAAGUGUGAUUUUAGGGAAGAUUGUUCUGACAAUUCAGAUGAAUUAUUCUGUGUUGGGAAGUUCUGUAAUUUCAGUAAUGGGAUCUCCUGUGGUUGGGAGCAGCAGGUGGAACUAUCGGCAACUGAAAAUGUGUUUCAGUGGUCCACAGGACAAGGCUCAGACAUACAUCCAGGAGAAGAGGGUGACAGACCAUCUACCGAUCAUACAACGGGCACAAAACACGGCUGGUACCUUUAUGCUGAUAGCUCAAAUGGAAAAUAUGGACACAUGGCUGAAAUCUCCACUCCAGAAAUAUCGUUCACUGGUCCAAAGUGUAAAUUCGUCUUUUGGUAUCACAUGAGUGGAGUUACGAUUGGGUCUUUGCAGGUAUUCUUUAAAUCUGGCAACAUGACACAGUUACGGUGGUCGCAGAGUGGAAGCCAGGGUAACCGCUGGAGGCGAGGAGAAAUAUUUCUUGGCUUUCAGUCUCACUUUCAGGUUUCCUUUCGAGCCAAGCGAGGUGUGAGUUACAUGGGUGAUGUUACAGUGGAUGAUAUUUCCUUUGAAGAUUGUGCAGCUCUUCUGAUCCCAGACAAACAAUGCAACUCUGAUGAGUAUUCAUGUACCAACAGAUAUUGCAUCCCCAAAGAUCAGCUCUGUGACUUCACCAACGAUUGUGCUGAUCAUUCUGAUGAGCAUCCAGUUAUCUGCAGUACAAAUUUGGGAUACUGUGAUUUCGAAUUUGAUUUGUGUUCUUGGAGACAGUGGAGGAAUGAUAACUUUGACUGGACCCUUAAACUAGGGAGUACACCAACACUGGGUACAAGCCCAGCUACUGACCACACACUGAGAAGUCCAACUGGCCAUUAUAUAUACAUCGAACAGCCAUUUUCAGAGCUACCUGGACACAUCGCAUUGAUUUCUGGGCCAUCCAUCAGCAAGAGAAGCAGAAGUUGUAAGCUUAUUUUUUAUUACCAUAUGGCAGGAGACAUCAAUGGAUCGUUAAUUGUAUAUCUGUGGACUUUAUCCGGCCGUCGCAAACCACUUUUGAACUUAACAGGUGACCAAGGUCAUUAUUGGCACCGAGCUGAAACAGCCCUCAGAGCUGAUGAAGACUUUGAGAUAAUGAUCGAAGGAUGGGUGGGCAAAGGGUCAAAGGGAGUCAUAUCACUUGAUGACAUCACCUUCACGAAGGAAUGCAUUAGCUCCAACGCUGCAUUUCACCAGGAACCAAGUCCACAUCCUCCAACAGGAUCCUGCCCGUCCAAUUAUUUGGGAUGCCAGAAUGGAAAAUGUUACCACGCAGAGAAGAGUUGUGAUUUUCUGGAUGACUGUGGUGACAAUACUGAUGAGAAAGACUGCGGGACAUCCUGCACUUUUGAGCACGGACAAUGUGGCUGGAAAAAUUCCCUGGCAGAUAACUUUGACUGGAUUUUGGGACACGGUUCAUUUCAAGGUCAACGGCCGGCCAACGAUCGGAGCCUCGGAAAUGAAAAUGGUCACUUUUUGUACCUUGAAGCUAUUCCUGGAGGUGUGAGGGGUGACAAGGUCCAUCUAAGGAGCUCACUGUGGAAGGAAUCAAGUGCUAAAUGCACUCUCUCGUUCUGGUAUUACAUGUCAUGGAAAGCUACAGGCCAUAUAAGAGUUCUUAUUAAGACAAAUAAAGAUCUCACAGAAGUAUGGAAUAAAACUGGAAACCAAGGUGAUAGAUGGAAGAAGGCCGUGAUACAUCUGAAAAAACUGCGUCACUUUGAAAUCAUAUUUGAAGGAAUCCGAACUAAGAAUUUUGGAGGUGGAGCAGCUAUUGAUGACAUUGAGUUAAAACAUUGUGCCCCAGAUAGAGAUUUAUCAGGUGUUUGCCCGGACGUCACUGACUACAUUUGUAAAAAUGGCAAAUGUAUCGAGUCUGACCUGGUCUGUGAUUACAAAUCCGACUGUGAAGAUGGAUCUGAUGAAUUUAACUGCUCACAGUAUGCCAAUAUUUCAGGAAGUUGCAACUUCAAUGGGCCAAACAAAGAGGUUUGGAGAAAUAACUGUAGGUUAAAGCAAAGCAAUGAUGACAACUUUGAUUGGACAAUAGGAAGCAAAAGCUCCACCGCAGGAACUGGCCCAGCAAAUGAUCACACCCCAGGAGCGGGAGGAAUGUUUCUGUACAUUAAGUCAGCAGCCCAGCAUGAAGGUGACAUUGCGAGAAUAACCACCACUCAUUCAUUCCCAGCAAGUGUUGGGGUCUGUCACCUGCGUUUCUGGUACUUUGCCAGUGGUUCGAAAGAAAUGGGCGCACUGAAGGUGUAUACAAUAGGAGAGUCUGGAAUAGCCUUCCUGAUGUGGUCAGUGUCCGGGAACAAGGGGAAUGACUGGACAUACGCCAACGUAAUGGUUGCCAACAACCAUCCAUUUCGAGUUGCAUUUGAAGCUGAAGUGGGUGGAGAUAACUUCACAGACAUUGCAAUUGAUGAUGUCUCUUUUACCCUGGAAUGUGUUGCUGGAGAACUACCCCCGCCUGUGCCAGCGGCGACAUGUUCUCCUGACUACUUUCAGUGCCAGAGUAAGCAGAUGUGCAUUCACCAGUCCUGGAUCUGUGACGGUGAAGAAGAUUGUGCAGAUGGAAGUGAUGAAUCAAAUUGCUCAACACUGCGCCCGGGAACCUUGCCUCCUCAGGAUCUAUGUGAAGAUAAAGAAUUCCAAUGUUUCGACAGGGAAUGUAUCCCGUCAUUGCUCAGGUGUGACGGAGUCCCGGACUGCUCUUUAGCAGAAGAUGAAUUUGGUUGCUCUGUCAAGCUUUGCUUCAAUGGUUCUUUGCUCUGUGAGAGCAGUAGAGAGUGUAUCCCAGUUACACAGCGAUGUGAUGGUGACAUUGACUGCAGAGAUUUCAAAUCGGAUGAAUCCAGCUGUUCAGAAUGUCCCAAUGCCUAUUGCAGAAAUGGUGGAACAUGUGUCAUUGUUAACAGAAUUGCACUGUGCAAGUGUACAAGUCAGUGGAGAGGAAAUCGAUGCCACAUUCAGGUCAAACCUGCAGGAUCCCUCAACCCUGAUCUCGCAUCAAAAAAUGAUGAAAAUGUAUACACGUGGGCAGGGCUAUGCAUUGACUUGGGCUUGUUUGUCCUCGGUCUCCUGGUUGCAUUAAUCAUAAUCGCUAAAAGAAAAUCAAGCAAGAACGAUAUGGCAGUUUUUGAGAGAAUGAAGAGGUUUACCAGAAUGCUGCCUCGAUUGAAGGGUAUUCUCUAUAAGGAAAGGAUACCAAUGCCAGCAUCCAAAUGUCAUUCAAUAUCCAAUAUCCUGUAUGGUGAUCACAACGCUGAUUUAUCAGCAAAGUUUACAAAGGGGAACAGUUUGACAAGCCCAGCCAUCAGUGUUUACCCCUGGCAAACUCCACAUACGGUGUUGUCCAAGGUCUCAGAUGAACCUACUUCCUUUUCUAAUCCCUUGUAUGAAGGUAAAAUGGAAAACAGGAAGCCUCCAGCAGAAGGAAUUACUGGAACUGAAAAUUCAAUUGCCUUGAACUUUAGAGCUAUGUUAAAGUAGAGAUGUUUCUUGAAUUAAUCUUAUCUAACAUUUUUAUCUAACAUAAAGUGAUUGCCUUUCUGAAUACAAAGAAAUGUCUAUUUUUUCAACUUCAAUAUUUCUUGUAAACUUUUGGAAACUUUUCUAUUUGAAAUCAUUAAAUAGAGGGAUUAUAUUUUGUGCCCACAUGUACACACGAGACUCUGACCAUUUAAUUUUAGUGGAUUUAAAGACUUCCCUUGGUGAUCGUAAAUUGAAUUGAUGUCAUGUUUAAUGGGAGCAAAGAAGGACAGUGUGAUGUCGUUUAUACAGAAUGCAACAUUACGUUUGAGCGAGAGUAGCAUAAAACUGUCGAAAGGCUCACUUAUGAAAAAUUAUGUGCUUAACUGUAUUCAAGGUGAAGCUGAUCGGAUAAUAUUCCUACAAAAUCAGCAUAUUUCUGCAAAGUACUGCAAUGUGUCAGAUCACUUUGUCAUUUAAGGUGUCCCAUUGAUGUAACAAACAACUCCUCGGCACCAGCUGUGUCUUUGUGCAGUUUCAAUGCUCAGUCAACACUCAAACUCCUAUCUCAGCUUAUGUUCUUUUGUAUCUUAAUACCUGCGUGGAUAGCUUUUUUAUGCACCAUGAGCAAAAUUCAACCUGACUGAACACGGUGAAGCAUACUGUUUGAAGAAGUGGCCCGGCCCAAAAUGUAAUCUAUCCAGAGAUCGAGCCUGAUCUGUUGAAUAAUCCAGCACUGUGGGAUCCCGUUGGAGGUGGUAGAAAUUUCAGAGGAUAAUGUGUUGUAUGCAACAGCUAAUGGCGUGAAAAGUAAGGACUAGGAAGACACUGUUGCGACUAGGGGGAGGGGGAGCAAGAGCGGAUCUGCGGGGUACUGAGGAGACACGAGUGAGGGCCUCAUUUAUGAUGGGAGAGAGGAUCCCUAAAGAAUGAGGACAUCUCGGAUGUCCUGGUAUGGAACACCUCAUCUUUGGCACAGAUGUGGCAUAGAUGGAGGAAUUGGGAAUAGGGUUUAGAGUCUUUGCAGGAAGCAGGGUGGGAAGAAGCGUAGUUGAGAUGGUUGUGGGAUUCAGUGGGUUUGUAAUUGAUGUCAGUCAAUAGUCUAUUACCUGUGAUGGAGACUGUGAGAUUAAGAAAGGGGAGGGAGGUUUCGGAGAUGGUCCAAGUAAAUUUGAGUACCGGAUGAAAAUUGGUGGUGAAGUUGAUGGUCCAUGAGUCCUGCAUGGGUGCAGGAGGAGCACUGAUCCGGUCAUCAAUGUAAUGAAGAUAGAGUUCAGGGAUAGGGCCAGUGUACGCCUGGAACAGGGAUUGUUCACCGUACCCUGCAAAGAGGCAGACAUAAGAGCCCCAUGCUGGUGUCCAUAGCUGCGCCUUGGACUUGGAGGAAAUGGGAGGCGUCAAAGGAGAAGUUGUUGAGGGUGAGGGCCAGCUCUACCAGGCGGAGUAGAGUGUUAGCAGAGGGAAAUUGGAUGGUUCAAGGAAGAAACGGAGGGCUUUCAGACCUUCCUGGUGGCGGAUGGAGGUGUAGAGUGACUGGACAUCCAUAGUAAAGAUGAGGGAGUAGGGGGCUCAAAAAGCAGAAGUCUUGAAAGGGCAUAUGAAGCAUCUUGGACAAAGGUCAAUAGACAAUAGACAAUAGGUGCAGGAGCAGGCCAUUUGGCCCUUCGAUCCAGCACCGCCAUUCAAUGUCAUCAUGGCUGAUUAUCCCCAAUCAGUACCCCAUUCCUGCCUUCUCCCCAUAUCCCCUGACUCCGCUAUUUUUAAGGGCCCUAUCUAGCUCUCUCUUGAAUGCAUCCAGAGAACCUGCUUCCACUGAGGCAGAGAAUGCCACAGACUCACCACUUUCUGUGAGAAAAAGUGUUUCCUCAUCUAUGUUCAAAAUGGCUUACUCUUUAUUCUUAAACUGAGGCCCCUGGUUCUGGACUGCCCCAACAUCGGGAACAUGUCUCCUGUCUCCAGCGUGUCCAAACCCUUAACAAUCUUAUAUGUUUCAAUUAGAUCUCCUCUCAUCCUUCUAAACUCCAGAGUUUACUAGCCCAGCUGCUCCAUUCUCGCAGCAUAUGACAGUCCCACCAUCCCGGGAAUUUAUCUUGUAAACCUACGCUACGCUCCCUCAAUAGCAAGAAUGUUCUUUCUCAAAUUAGGGGACCAAAACUGCACACAAUACUCCAGGUGUGGUGUCACUAGGGCUCUGUACAACUGCAGAAGGACCUCUUUGCUCCUAUAUUCGAUUCCUCUUGUUAUAAAGGCCAACAUGCCAUUUGCUUUCUUCACUGCCUGCUGUACCUGCAUGCUUACUUUCAUAGACAUGAACAAGGACUCCCAGAUCCCGUUAUACUUCCCCUUUUCCCAACUUGACGCCAUUUAGAUAGUAAUCUGCCUUCCUGCUUUUGAUACCAAAGUGUAUAACCUCACAUUUAUCCGCAUUAAACUUCAUCUGCCAUGCAUCUACCCACUCCCCCAACCUGUCUAAGUCGCCAUACAUUCUCAAAGCAUCCUCCUCACAGUUCACACUGCCACCCAACUUUGUGUCAUCUGCAAAUUUGCUAAUGUUACUUUGAAUCCCUUCAUCCAAACCAUUGAUGUAUAUUGUAAAUAGCUGCGGUCCCAGCACCGAGCCUUGCGGCACCCCACUAGUCACUGCCUGCCAUUCUGAAAGGGACCCGUUAAUCCUUACUCUUUGUUUCCUGUCUGCCAACCACUUCUCUAACCAUGUCAGCAUUCUACCCCCAAUACCAUGUGCCCUCAUUUUGCCCACUAAUCUCCUAUGUGGGACCUUAUCAAAUGCUUUCUGAAAGUCCAGGUACACUACAUCCACUGGCUCUCCCUUGUCCAUUUUCCUAGUUACAUCUUCAAAAAAUUCCAGAAGAUUAGUCAAGCAUGAUUUCUCCUUCGUAAAUCCAUGCUGACUCAGACCGAUCCUGUUACUGCUAUCCCAAUGUUCGGCUAUUUCAUCUUUUAUACUUGACUCCAGGAUCUUCCCCACCACCGAUGUCAGGCUAACUGGUCUAUAAUUCCCUGUUUUUUUCUCUCCCGCCUUUCUUAAAAAGUGGGAUAACAUUAGCUACCCUCCAAUCCACAGGAUCUGAUCCUGAGUCUAUAGAACAUUGGAAAAUGAUCACCAAUGCAUCCACAAUUUCUAGAGCCACUUUCUUAAGUACCCUGGGAUGCAGACCAUCAGGCCCUGGGGAUUUAUCAGCCUUCAGUCCCAUCAGUCUAUCCAACACCAUUUCCUGCCUAAUAUGGAUUUCC